AUAAAAAGCAAAAAGAACAAUAACAGGAACAAGGCAAGCCAAUCUGCUACGACCAAUCCAUGGCGACCGAGCCUCUUCGCACCACCGCAACCCCAGCAACUCACACGGCGGCGCUGACAAAAGAGAAACGACCCCGUUCCAUCUUCGACGUCGGGGCCGACUUCUUCGACUCCUGCGAGCUCCUUCAUUCUUCUGGCCUCUCUACUGCCUCAACCACCGAUGCCUCCAACUACAAUUCCGCCGUCGAAACCCUAGACGACUUCGAGCCAGAGCGCAGUGAACAAAACCCCUCCCAAAACGCCGUCGUAGCAGGACCCCGGUGGACCUGCAACACUUGCAAGGCCGAGUUCGACUCCCUCCAAGACCAGCGCUCGCACUUCAAAUCCGACAUUCACCGAUUCAACGUGAAGUUAAGUGUUGCUGGAAAGAGUAUUGUGAAGGAGGAUGACUUUGAUGAGUUAACAUCCGAUUCUUUUAAAGACUUUGAUGUCUCAAGUAUAUCGGGGUCAGAUGAAGAUGAACCUGAAAGGGGAGUUCGCUCUUUGAAGUUUUCAAGGGAAAAUAUCAGGCAGAAGUUAUUUUUCCACCUUCCGACUGGUGAGAGGGUUUCAGUUUGGAAGUGUUUAGUUACAAAUGAUUCUGGACCUGAAGGUACUUUGUCAGAUGAGGAAGUGAGAGAGAGAUUGAAAACGUUGGUUCAUGAACCUAGGGAUAAGACCCGUUUAAGAAUCAUGUUGCUUGCAAGUGGUGGGCACUUUGCCGGUUGUGUCUUUGAUGGUAACUUGGUUGUGGAUCACAAGACCUUCCACAGAUAUGUUGUAAGGGGCAAGUCUGGUAAAAAACAGUCAUCCAAAGAUGCAGGUGGCAGGUUUGCUCAUUCUGCAGGAGCUUCUAUGCGUCGUUAUAAUGAACUUGCUUUGAAAAAGGAAAUUCAAGAGCUGCUUGUUGCUUGGAAGCAAUACUUUGAUUCUUCCUCUUGCGUUUUUGUUUAUGCUCCUUCUAGCAAUCAUCAGCUGCUUUUUAAUGGGGACAACAAACCAUAUUUUAGUCAUCAGAAUUGUGUUGUUCAAAAUGUUCCAAUGACUGUUCGGAGACCUACUUAUAAGGAAGCUCGGCGUAUAUAUGAGCAAUUGACCCAAGUUGUUUAUGAACUAGAUGAAAAUGUAGCUCCACCAAGUUUCAAAGAGGACCCGCCACUUACUUCAGGUAUUAACAGCGACCUCAUCCCAAGAAUGAACAAAGUCGAUAUUGCUGACAGUUCAGAUUGUCGAGAAAGACCUGAAGCUUGCCUAGAUAGUAGAAAGUCCAAUGAAUUCCCUAUAUCAAGUGACAGUGAUGGUGAGGAAAUAUGUUCGUCAACACCCUUGCACGAAGCAGCGCAUUCUGGAAAUACUCUUAAGGUUUUGGAACUAUUGGAACAAGGCCUGGAUCCUUGCAUCAAAGAUGAAAGGGGACUGACUCCAUACAUGCUAGCAAGUGAUAAAGAGGUCAGAAACACAUUUAGACGGUUCAUGGCCUCAAACCCGGAUAAGUGGGAUUGGAAUGCUGCUAAGGUACCUAGUCCAUUGACAAAAGAGUUGGAGGAAUCUCAAGCUGCUAAGCAGGCAAUUAAGUCUUGCAUGUUUUUUGAGAAAGAUUGUGUUGCUGAUGCCAAAAGGAAAGUAAGAGCAAAAGAAUUGAAGAAAUUACGAAAAGAAAAAGAAAAGAAAGCUCAGGCUGAGGCUGCUGCUUCCCAAAAAGCUUCGACGUCUUCUAGUCUUAAGGGAAAGCCUCAACCUAGUUCUGGAUCACAUAGCUCUAAAGAGGAGGAACUGAAAAGGGUGCAGGCAGCUGAGAGGGAGAAAAGAGCAGCUGCUGCGGAGAGGAGAAGAGCAGCAGCUGAAGCUCUUAGCGCUCAAGGCAAUAGCAGUAGCGUUGCACCGAGCACUGUUCAGCCCAAGAGCGGGGUAGCUGGUGACAUUAACUGCUCCUGUUGUAAUGUAUCACUGGCUGGUAAAGUUCCUUUUCAUAGGUACAAUUACAAAUACUGCAGCACAUCAUGCAUGCAUUUGCACCGUGAGAUUCUUGAGGAUGAAUGACAUAGAAACUACUGGUGUCACUUUACUUUCAUGUUGCUACCUCAAUUACAAAGCAUUCAUUUCCCUCGUUGUGUAUCAUCUUGUUCCGUCGUCCUAUUGAAGUAAUUGAAGCCCUUUACCGAUUUUAAA